AUGAAAGGAGCACUGCUGUGUUUCUGCCUCCUCAGCAUCACUGCUGCAUGGCCAGUGAAUAAAUCCAAGCAGCAGGCCACUUCUGCCAGCUCUGAAGAGAAAUACGACCCUAAGUACCACUACUCACAGAAAUAUCGCCACCACUCUUGGGAGAGCCUGCAGCACCCACAGGAGGUAUUACCUCAGCAGACCCUUUACUCCUCAGAGGAAAGUGUGGAUGUUUCAGUGCACCAGCAGAUCCCUGACGUCUGGAGCAAGAGCCAUGAGGAUGUGGAUGGUGACGACGACGACGAUUCCAAUGACACGGAUGAGUCCGAUGAGGUUACCACCAUUUUCCCCACGGACAUCGCACUGACUUUCCCUCCUUUCACCCAGAGUGACACUGCUGGCAGAGGUGACAGCGUGGCCUACAGGCUGAGGGCAAAAGCCAGGCUGCUGAAGUCCAGCAAACUCAGCAAAGCUGCUCAAAAGCUCAUUGCCUAUGACGCCACCGAGGAGGAUGAGAGCACCCUGGAUGCAGACAGCCAGCAAGAGGUUCUCUCCCGGGAGGAUUCUGAUGCCCUUCGCUCCCUGAGGAAGAAGACCAUCAGUGAGGAGUGGGCUGGCAAGAGCCAUGGGCAGGCCAGCAGCGAGCUGGACAGCAAGCAGCGGGACCGGAGCACGGAGAAUGAGAGCCGGCAGAAAUUCGACAGCCAGGAGGCGGCAGACGACAGCAAAGCUCUCUCGGGAGCCAGAGAGGACAGCCGGCAGAGCUUGGAGAGCAGGGAGAGCCCUGCCUCACCCGAAACUCCGGACCACAACAGCAACCAGACAGCCGAGAGUGCUGAGGAUGCUCGGGAUCGCCACAGCAUCGAAACCAACGAGGUCACCCUUUGA